AUGCCCGGCGACUCUCGAUGUCCACUAGGGGAGCUUCCCUUGGACGUUUUCAAGACUCUCCUAGACAAUGUGAUUGACACCAUUGGGGUGACUGAAGGAGCUCGGCUGCGAUUGAUCUGCAGCACGUUGUACCUUUCAUCUAUCUAUGAGCAGAAGCCAACACCUUUUCCAGAACUUUUCGACCGCGAAAUCCCAGGAGCUCUCUAUCGCUGCCCAGACUUCAAACUUUCAGAUGCAGACUGGUCGCCCGCCCGUCCCAAGGUGGCUGAGAAAUAUGUGCUCUAUCGAGCACUAGCAGACGGUAAAAGAAAACAUAACCUGUCUGCUCAUCUCCACCGCAUUCUUGAAGAAUUGUUCCCAGGACAAGAUUACUUCAGUGACGUUUAUCAAGACGCUCUCAGAUCUCUCGUCACCACCGCUGUCUAUCAAGAUUACGGCGAUGCUCAUAUUGUUGACUUAAUAGAUAGCAGGAAGUCUCCCAUGGUUCUGGACUCCUCCACCUUCAGACGCGACUGUCUACGCGCGGCUGCGGUGCUUGGAGUUAUUGAUAAAUUCAACGAAGUUAUUCUAGAUGCUGCGAGCUCCGAGCACCAGCGCCAGUCCGGGGAUGGCAUGGCAUCAGUAUUCUGUAAAGGUCCCCUGGUUUACGCUGCGAUUGGCGGUCAUCUUCUCUUGAUUGCACGCAUUCUGGACGCCAGAGAAGCUGCGUCUUAUACCAGUGAUUUAUCGGAGGUCCAUUUCGCGUUUCGAGCUGCUAUCACUGGAGGCUUUACACAUAUAGUUGAGCUACUCCUUGAUAGGUGCGAGACGGAUAGCUAUAUGAGACUCACCAGGUUCGCAGCACAAGCCAAUCAAGCCAGGAUCUUCCACAUACUCUGUGAACGACUGCAAACCCCGCUGGAUGACUUUAGAAGCUUAUGUCACGCCGCAAGACAUGGUCACAUAAACUUUGUCAAGAUGUGUCUGACGAACGGCGCUAAUGUGAACGCAAAUGCCACAAGUGUGAACAAGAUGUGGCAACAGGAAUCGCCUCUUUUCCUCGCGUGUUCAGGAGGUUACCGGGAUGUCGUGCAGCUUUUGUUGGAUCACGGUGCAAUGGUAACAGACUACAUGGAGAGGUGGUCCUCACUUUCCCGUGCUGCUUCGCAUGGACACUACGAAAUUGUUCAGGACCUCCUCGCAGCUGGCUCGAUCCCAGUACACAACUACGCAUGGUCUCCGCUUAUGGCUGCGGUCCGCAAUGGCCAAGCUCGAUCAGUUGAAGUGCUUCUUGAUUCCGGUAUGGAACUCUGGUAUAAGAAUCAAGCACUCGAGACGGCGGCUGAACGAGGUUAUGAUACCGUCGUUAGGCUAUUAGUACAGCGAGGUGCAAAUAUCGACUACGAUGGUAAAUCCGCGACCUUUCCGAUGAUAGCAGCUAUGUUAUACUGUCAGCCACAUAUUGUUCGAACACUUCUGGAACUGGGAGCAAAGCUAGCUGGCCCUUUCCCAAUCUCCAACUACUCCGGUGUAGUGGAACAGUGGAAAUAUCCUCGCCUUGAAAUGAUCUGA